GAAUUUGUUUUUAUUGUUUUCAAUCAAAGUCUCUACAGAAAAGUUGGUAUUAUGGAUACGAAACUAUUUUACUUCUGCUCUAAAGUACCUAAAGUUAUGCUCAUUUCUAUGGGCCUGCAACGGAAACCUGACACCGCUUUUGACAAAUGUCUGAGAGGCUUAAAUUUUCUAUUUAAAAAUUGGGUCGGUUAUCUGGUGUGCAUUUUCUCAAUUCUGUUGUCCAUUUUCUACUUCUAUAUGGAGAUGCAAGUAAAUCAACGUAUGCUAAUGUUACAGGAAGUAAACAACAACUUGUCAAGAACUCCGAAAAAGCGGCGACUCGGUGCAAUUUAUCGCCAACAUGAGGUAGUGCGUCAUGUAAUACAAAAUGUCAACCAACAUAUACGUAAUCGGGAAACACAAGUGAGGAUAAUUGCUUACAGUACUGAUGUCGAUAAUACUACACGUUCGCCUUGAUACUGUGAUUGAUUAGGAUGUCAUAGAUAACUAAAGCUACAUUUGUAAGACAUAUCUGCGUAGUCUACAAGAUUAAAUGAAGAAUAUUAACUUUGAUGCAGUUAAAUAACAUCAAAAUCUUAUUUAUGCAAUAAUUCACACAACGGUAAU